CAACGGACAACUUGCUCAACACCAGGCGGCUCGUGUAAAUAGAUAACCCAGUAAAGCUCACUACACCUCGCAAUGUCUUCGAAUGCUUACUCGUUGAGAAGCCGUGGAGGAGGGUCGGAUGACCGCUCUGAGAAGCGCCAGAGAACAGAUCGUCACACGGAUAACUUUAGAAGUAACAACGACGCUGGUAAUGCUGUCGGUUCAAAUUCUCGUGUCCUGUAUCUAGGGAACAUCCCAAAGGACUGGACGGAGUCGACUGUGCGCAGUGUUGUUGCGGGAUCUGGAAGGAUUGUAGAUGUGAGAGUUCGUAUCGAUUCCACAGGUCGUACCAAGAGCUAUGUCUUUAUCGAAUACGAAACCCCUCAGGAAUCUCAAAGGGGCAUGUAUUUACUAUCACAAGUUCUUCUGGGACCUAAGAGAAAGUUCAAGGUGGAGUUCUCCAAGGAGCAGUACAGUGAUGGUCAGCCUAAGCAGGUGAUGCGCAUGGAGAGAAGUAAUAUACCGUUCUAUGUCCAAUUGCCUCAGGAGAUGAUUGAUUCUGUGCCUAUGCCUGACGGUUACGUGUCACAACAGGAUACGGUGAAACCGCAACAGUCUAUAAGCCCUGAGCCUCAGCAUAUACAGCCUAGCAAUCCAAAAGCUGCCACUCCGAUGCCAGAUAUAUUGACGAAGGCAUCCCAAUAUCUACCGCAGUUUAACCCUGCUGCGUUCACCACUGAGGAUAAGAUUGCAGAGAAUUUACAAGCGUUGAAUCCACCGCAGAUGAUUCAACUGAUCUCCACUGUUAAGUCAUUGGCGUCUACAAACCCUGCAAUGGCACAGCAGAUCUUCUCAGUGAAUCCGGACAUUCCAGUGGCUACGGUGCAGGCCUUGCUCCUAAUGGGACUGGUGGAUGCCAACGUCCUCACAACAGCUCUACAGGUCACCAAUCCCACAACGCAUCAAAGCAUAAAGCAGGAAUCACCGCUGGUGAGUCGUCCAGCAAUACAACAACAGCAACAGCAACAGCAACCAGAUCCAAGAUGGCCUAAUCUUCCUCCUAGCGCUGCUGCGAAACUCGCCUCAAUGCCACCACAGGAAUCCGCCACUAUUGCUCAGGUCCUACAACUCGACCCCAACGUGAUUAGAACUCUGCCACAGGACCAACAGCAAAUGAUCUACAACAUCAGACAGCACAGCGUUAUAAGCAUCACUAAAGGUAUUUCCGUCAUGUCUGAGUUUCGCAAGCUCGGUGUUUCCAAGUGGCUCGAGGAGUCACUCAACGCCAUGAAGAUUUUCACCCCAACGGCCAUCCAAAAGGCGUGUAUUCCGAAGAUCCUAGCUGGACACGAUUGUAUCGGUGGUGCUAAGACCGGUUCUGGUAAGACGAUUGCUUUCGCAGCACCAAUGCUCACGCAAUGGUCAGAAGAUCCCAUUGGCCCAUUUGGCCUGGUGCUUACGCCAACUCGAGAGUUGGCUAUGCAAAUCGCUGAGCAGUUCGCUGCACUAGGUGCCACCGCUAACAUCAAGAUCGCACUGGUGGUUGGUGGAGAAGAUAUGAUGACACAGGCCAUCCAGCUAAAGAAUAGACCGCACUUCAUAAUCGCAACGCCGGGUAGACUGGCUGAUCACAUCUUGCACAGUGGUGAAGAUACCGUGGGCAGUCUCAGAAGAAUCAAGUACUUGGUGCUGGAUGAAGCGGAUAGACUCCUCAGUGAUAGUUUCACUAGCGAUCUGGAGAGAUGCUUCACCAUUCUACCGCCGCCUGAGAAGAGACAGACUCUUUUAUUUACAGCUACUGUUACCGACGCUGUCCGUGCCCUCAAGGACAAGAAACCAAGGGAGGGAAAGCCAGAUGUAUUUAUUCACGAAGUGGACACCGUUGAUAACGUUGCGAUUCCAGAUAAGCUGCAGACACACUAUUUGUUUCUUCCAUCGUACGUGAAAGAGGCGUACCUCUUUAGUGUUUUGAGCCAUGAAGACAACAAGAACCUCACAGCCAUUGUCUUUGUCAAUAGAACCCACACAGCAGAGGUUCUGAGAAGAACCCUGAGAAAUCUUGAUGUUCGUGUCACUUCGUUGCACUCUGAGAUGCCCCAGAACGAGAGAACGAACUCUCUACAUAGAUUCAAAGCUGGUGCUGCCAGAAUCUUGAUUGCGACAGACGUUGCGUCCAGAGGUUUAGAUAUCCCGUCGGUGGAACUUGUUAUCAACUACGAUAUACCAGCAGACCCGGACGACUUUGUACAUAGAGUUGGUCGUACUGCCCGUGCUGGUAGAAGUGGUGAGAGUAUCAGUUUUGUCUCUGAGAAGGAUGUCACCAGAAUCUUAGCAAUUGAAGAUAGAAUCGGAAAGAAGAUGGACAAGUAUGAAAAGAUCACGGAUAACGGUGUUAUCAAGCACUCCUUACAAGAAACAAGUGUUGCAAAGAGAGAGGCACUGAUGGCUAUGGACAAAGAAGGGUUCGGGGAGAAGAAGAGAAACCAUAAGAAGAAACUCAUGGAGAGCAACAAUAGAUCUGCAAAGAGUCAUAUACACAGCAAAAAGACCAAGGUUAAGUCCAAGAGAGAGGUCUAAGUGACAUAGUGCUCUGUCUGGUGGAGUAAAUAUACAGACAUUCAUCUUGUUGAUGGAACCCAUUUGAGCUCUUCACUAUGUGCUGAAAUGCUAUCAAUUCGAUAUACAAUUGUAGAUUAUAGAUCAGCCAUUGUUCGGACCCGAAUUAACGUACGCAUUGCUUCAAGAUGAUUCACUCUUGAUCG